GCCAGCACUAAAGAUGGAGAGGCGCCGGGGCCUCGCAGGGGAGGGGGCUCGGCGUUGACGUGGGACGCGGCGGAGGCGCCGCAGCCGGUGGUGAUUUGCUAACCUCGCAGCAGAGAGGAGUUGAGGGCGAUGAGAGCGGGUACUGCGAACUGCCGGGCGAUGCCGCCGCUGCCGCCGUGAUACCGAGAGCAACAGUUCCCAGCAACACCCCUCCCCGACACAGGCACACACCCCCAAGAGGCACGCACACCCACCCCCAGCGCCCGGCUUGGCAGCGUCCUCUCAGUUGGCCCAGGACACCCACCCAGCCCCGCCACGCAGAGCCAGGAAGGAAAGAGAGCCUCAUGCCUAAGCCGAGGGGAGCACCAUGGAUCUGACAAAGAUGGGCAUGAUCCAGCUGCAGAACCCCAGCCACCCCACGGGGCUCCUGUGCAAGGCCAACCAGAUGCGGCUGGCCGGGACGCUGUGCGAUGUGGUCAUCAUGGUGGACAGCCAGGAGUUCCAUGCCCACCGGACCGUGCUGGCCUGCACCAGCAAGAUGUUUGAGAUCCUCUUCCACCGCAACAGCCAGCACUAUACUCUGGACUUCCUCUCGCCAAAGACCUUCCAGCAGAUUCUGGAGUAUGCAUACACGGCCACGCUGCAAGCCAAGGCGGAGGACCUGGAUGACCUGCUCUAUGCAGCUGAGAUCUUAGAGAUAGAGUACCUGGAGGAGCAGUGCCUGAAGAUCCUGGAGACCAUCCAGGCCUCAGAUGACAACGACACGGAGGCCACCAUGGCAGAUGGCGCGGCCGAGGAGGAAGAGGACCGCAAAGCUCGGUGCCUCAAGAACAUCUUCAUCUCGAAGCAUUCCAGCGAGGAGAGUGGGUAUACCAGUGUGGCUGCACAGAGCCUCCCUGGACCCAUGGUGGACCAGAGCCCUUCCGUCUCCACCUCAUUCGGUCACUCGGCCAUGAGUCCCACCAAGGCUGCGGUGGACAGUUUGAUGACCAUAGGACAGUCUCUCCUCCAGGGAACUCUUCAGCCUCCUGCGGGGCCUGAGGAGCCCACUCUGGCUGGAGGCGGGAGGCACGCUGGGGUGGCGGAGGUGAAGACGGAGAUGAUGCAGGUGGACGAGGUGCCCAGCCAGGACAGCCCUGGGGCCACCGAGUCCAGCAUGGCAGGCGCUGUGGGGGACAAAGUUGAGGAGAGGGGCAAAGAGGGGCCCGGGACCCCGACUCGGAGCAGCGUCAUCACUAGUGCUCGGGAGCUGCAUUACGGGCGUGAGGAGAGCGCGGAGCAGCUGCCGCCUCCAGCCGAGGCUGGCCAGGGCCCCCCGGGCCGACCCGAGCACCCUGCGCCCCCAGCUGAGAAACACCUGGGCAUCUACUCUGUGUUGCCCAACCACAAGGCUGACGCCGUGUUGAGCAUGCCAUCUUCUGUGACUUCGGGCCUCCACGUGCAGCCUGCCCUGGCCGUGUCCAUGGACUUCAGCACCUAUGGGGGGCUGCUGCCCCAGGGCUUCAUCCAGAGGGAGCUGUUCAACAAGCUGGGGGAGCUGGCUGUGGGCAUGAAGUCCGAGAGCCGGACCAUCGGGGAGCAGUGCAGCGUGUGUGGGGUGGAGCUUCCCGACAACGAGGCCGUGGAGCAGCACAGGAAGCUGCACAGUGGCAUGAAGACGUACGGGUGUGAGCUCUGCGGAAAGCGGUUCCUGGAUAGUUUGCGACUGAGAAUGCACUUACUGGCUCAUUCAGCGGGUGCCAAAGCCUUUGUUUGUGACCAGUGUGGAGCCCAGUUUUCGAAGGAGGAUGCCCUGGAGACACACAGGCAGACCCAUACUGGCACGGACAUGGCCGUCUUCUGUCUGCUGUGCGGGAAGCGUUUCCAGGCGCAGAGCGCGCUCCAGCAGCACAUGGAGGUCCACGCCGGCGUGCGCAGCUACAUCUGCAGCGAGUGCAACCGCACCUUCCCCAGCCACACCGCCCUCAAACGCCACCUGCGCUCACACACAGGUAAGCCCGUCCAGGGGAUGGCGGGGCCCGCCUCUGACAUCAUGUCUGGAUUUACCUCCGAAAACAUAAAGGGGAGGUGUCAGGCUGAGUCGGCCCUCGGCCCUUCUUUGCUCAAGGUGGGCAUGGAGGGGCUUCCGUUGUGCAGUAGAGGGACCGACGUCCCCAGCAAGCGUGAGGGGGACACGAGCUUCCCCGGGGAGGCCCUCACGGCCCUGUUGCUCUGUCCUGGCUCUCUCCCGCCCUCCCCCACAGGCGAGAAGCCCUUUGAGUGCAAACUGUGCCACCAGCGCUCCCGGGACUACUCGGCCAUGAUCAAGCACCUGCGAACGCACAACGGGGCCUCGCCCUACCAGUGCACCAUCUGCACGGAGUACUGCCCCAGCCUGUCCUCCAUGCAGAAGCACAUGAAGGGCCACAAGCCCGAGGAGAUCCCGCCCGACUGGAGGAUAGAGAAGACCUACCUCUACCUGUGCUACGUGUGAGGCGGGCCGCGGCCGUGGCGGGGAGCCGGCAGCCGGGAGAGAGGCGUUUCUGCGGGGUGAAGUCGGCGAAGGACUGGGCGAAAAAAGAGAAAUAGAAAAAAAAAAAAAAAAAGGAAAGAAAAGAAAAGAAAAAAGAAAAA